UUUAUAAACGCUGCGCCAGCAGAAACUCAAGAGACGCGCAUUGUGCUCGCUCCCGCGGCGCACCAAAUUUACACAGCUCGGUCCAAAGAUUAUUCCCGCUAGGAGGCAGCUCGGUUGGUUUUAGCAGACAUUUAAAGCCGCAUAAUUCUCAAUUUACAUUCCUUAUUUAUUUAACGUUGAUAAAUAUGAUUUGGGUAACUCUGUUCUGCAUCUGUGUCUUGGUAACAUCGUUGCAAGCCGAUGCGCGCCUCAGUAAACGCUAUGUGAUCGGCGGAUGUCCGAGUCAAUGUGAUAAGUCCAUGUGUCCGACAAUGCCGAAGGACUGUCCAACAGGGCAGGUGAUGGAUCACUGUAACUGCUGUCUGGUGUGCGCAUCCGGAGAGGGAGAGGCGUGCGGCGGGGUGGGUAAGCUUGGGGACCCGGUGUGUGGAGAGAGUUUGGAGUGCUCCGUUACCGGAGGAGUGGGCCACUCCGCUACCGUCAGGAGGAGAGGGAAACACGGCAUCUGCGUGUGUAAAAGCAGAGACCCUGUGUGCGGCAGUGAUGGGGUGUCCUAUCGGAACAUCUGCGAACUGAAGCGGGUCAGUAACCGAGCGCAGAGCCUGCAGCAGCCGCCGGUGCUCUUCAUACAGCGGGGAGGGUGUGAGACAUCUGUCCAUGAUAACCCCAACAGCCUGAGAUACAAGUACAAUUUCAUUGCAGAUGUUGUAGAGAAGAUCGCCCCUGCUGUGGUUCAUAUUGAACUCUACCGCAAGAUGGUGUACUCAAAGCGUGAGAUGGCAGUGGCGAGCGGGUCAGGGUUUAUGGUGUCUGACGACGGCCUGAUUGUUACAAACGCCCAUGUGGUAGCCAAUAAAAACCGUGUGAAGGUGGAGCUUAAAAAUGGAGCCUCUUAUGAUGCUAAGAUCAAAGAUGUCGAUGAAAAAGCAGACAUUGCCCUUAUAAAGAUUGAUCCACCGAGUAAGCUUCCUGUGCUUCUACUUGGCCGAUCGGCUGACCUCAGACCAGGAGAAUUUGUGGUUGCCAUCGGCAGCCCAUUUUCCCUCCAGAAUACGGUUACCACAGGGAUAGUAAGCACUACGCAGAGAGGCGGAAAAGAGUUAGGUCUACGAAACUCAGAUAUGGAUUACAUUCAGACUGACGCCAUCAUUAAUUAUGGCAACUCAGGAGGACCAUUAGUCAAUCUGGAUGGUGAAGUGAUUGGGAUCAACACAUUGAAGGUGACGGCUGGAAUCUCCUUCGCUAUUCCGUCAGACAAGAUACGUCAGUUUCUUGCUGAGUCAUAUGACAGAUUGGCCAGAGGACGAGGAGCGACCAAGAAAAGAUACAUCGGUGUUCGUAUGAUGACCCUCACUCCUGCACUGUCCAAAGAGCUGAAAGGUCGACUGCGAGACUUCCCCGACAUCACAUCAGGAGCCUAUGUGAUUGAGGUCAUCUCCAAAACCCCAGCUGCAGCAGGUGGACUUAAGGAACACGACGUCAUUAUUUCCAUCAAUGGUCAGCGCAUCUCUACAGCAACAGAUGUGAGCGCAGCCAUCAAAAAGGACACCAGUUUACGUGUGGUGGUUCGACGUGGCAAUGAGGACGUCAUCCUCACUAUCAUUCCAAUGGAGAUUGACCCUUGAGCUGGCGCUCAUCGACCCCACCAAUGAACUUACCGGCUGUGUCCUCUGCCCCGCCCCUUAAUGGACGUCUGGCCAAUUGUCCGUGCUCUUAAAAUGACGGGCAGAGUGAAAGCUCAGCCUGAGAUUUUAGACUGUACAGAAGCACAUUGAUGUAGACUCACAUUUAUUAAUGUUUUUAUUUUAAUCAUAAUGAAUGAUUUAGAUGAUGCUACUACUGUUUAUUGUUCGACAUAAGCCAUUGGGCAUGAUUAGAUUUUCCAGAUCUUCUCUUUCAGUACCCAACAAUUUAGUGCACAGCAACUUAAGGAGUUUUUUUCUGAACUUGUUUGGAAUUUUUUUGAAAAGAUUAAAAACCUUUUGAUAUUGUGCUUUUCUAGAGCAAAAAUGAUUUAAAUGUUUUUAAUAAAAGUUUUUCUUGAUA